CCCCGCCUCCUGCGCCGUGUCGGGCGCAGACGGAGCGGAGGCGCCAUUUUGCGCUGCUGCGGGAGACGGUUUGUGAGGCGGCAGUGAUACAGGUAGCGAUAAUAACAGCAACAAUAACAGCAGUAGCGGUUGUGGGUACAGUUGCUGCUCGGGACUAGUGUCCCUUUUCGCCCAGCCCCCUGGCCAGGAUUCUGCCGACAUGAGCGACGUGGAGGAGAACAACUUUGAGGGGAGGGAGUCUCGCUCCCAGUCAAAAUCUCCAGCUGGGAGUCCUGCUCGCGUAAAAUCAGAGAGCAGGUCAGGAUCUCGCAGUCCAUCGAGGGCUUCCAAACAUUCUGAAUCGCACUCUAGGUCAAGAUCAAAAUCAAGAUCCAGGUCCAGAAGACAUUCGCACAGACGUUACACUCGUUCCAGAUCCCAUUCCCAUUCUCAUUCCCAUAGGAGACGUUCUCGGAGCAGAUCGUACACACCAGAAUACCGUCGUCGAAGGAGCCGUAGUCAUUCUCCAAUGUCCAACAGGAGAAGGCACACUGGCAGCAGAGCUAAUCCAGAUCCUAAUACGUGUCUUGGAGUGUUUGGUCUCAGUUUAUAUACUACUGAGAGAGAUUUGCGUGAAGUCUUUUCCCGGUAUGGACCUUUGACUGGUGUCAACGUGGUUUAUGAUCAACGGACUGGACGAUCAAGAGGAUUUGCUUUCGUUUAUUUUGAGAGAAUUGAUGAUUCUAAAGAGGCAAUGGAGCAUGCAAACGGUAUGGAGCUGGAUGGCCGGAGGAUCCGGGUGGAUUACUCAAUCACCAAGAGAGCACAUACGCCCACCCCAGGCAUCUACAUGGGCAGGCCAACACACAGUGGAGGAGGUGGCGGCGGUGGAGCAGGUCGUCGCCGUGACUCAUAUUAUGAUAGGGGGUAUGACAGAGGAUAUGACAGAUAUGAAGAAUAUGACUACAGAUACAGGAGACGAUCACCAUCACCUUAUUACAGUCGAUACCGAUCACGAUCAAGAUCUCGUUCCUAUAGUCCAAGGCGCUACUGAAGAUCAGAAGAGUUACAGCCGAGGACAUGAUUUUUAAAUACAAAAUUCAGAUCUUAGCUUCCGUACUGCUUUCCCUCCCAUCCUCCUUUCCUUGUCCUCCAUCCAGCUCUUUUACAAAUCUUUGGUUCAUCUAGAAUAUACAUGUUUUCAGUUGAAGUAUUCCAGUUUUCCAUCCCUCCUUAUUGUAAUACUCUUAAAUAUUGUAAUUGUUGUAGUUUUUGUGUAGUAAAACAUCUUAAGCAAAAUGAAAUAGAGAACCCAAAGUACUGAUACAUUUUGGAAGUCAUUCCUGUUUUGUUUUAAAACAAUUGGACCUCCUGACUAAUCCGAAGAGAGUGUCGAUAUUUUUAAAGUUUGCAUGUCAUAUGUAGUAUACACACUCAGAUACUUUAAUAUAAACCUGCAUUUCCAAGUAACUCAUUAAUCUUUCUGUUAAAACGUUUACCUGUUACUUUGAUAAGCGAGUAAUAACUUUGAGCCUUUUCUGAAAUGACAAAUUGACUUUAGGUAGUCAUGAACCAGAGGUUUUGGGGGUUUGGUUUUUUUUUUAACAGGUGGUUGCUUUGAGUGUAGACUAUUUGAGAUAGAGACAAAUUUGGUAUUUGACUGACUGGGAAAACAGAUCCCUGUACACUCAAAAUUAAGGCUGUGUUUUAUAGAUAAAAGUUUCUAGAUUGAAGUUAGAACUGUAAAAGUUCUGGGGGUUUUAUUGUAUUUGGUUGAAUAUUUCCCCUUAAUGCAGGAGAAAAAAACAUUUAUUGAACAUAGCAAUUAGUUAUAUAACUUACUGUUCAUUUAAAAACAAAACAACACAGCAACAAAAACUCCUUGGCAUUGCAAUAAUGAUUAAGCAAGUUUUGUUUCCAGUUCUUCUUGGCAUUUUGAAAGUGUGGAUGGAAAAACCUAAACCUAUGUGUAAACCUUCCCCCCCCCC